AUGUAUUCACCUGCCAAAUCGCCAAUAGUUGAUGUUACGGAAACGCUUUCGCUGCACAGUGAACUGGACAUUGAACUGGAGCCAGCUUAUAGUCAUAGUCUACGCCUGCCUUUGCCCGGACUUGCCGCAAUUCCCAGUCUCCUGGCGUCCCACAACAAAUCCAAUGCCACAUUGCCUGCCUUUGAGUAUAUUGCACCGCCUAAUCAUGCACUGCAGAGUCUGUCGGAUUUUCCGCUCAUGGAGCUGAAUCGUGUUGGCAUGUUUCCGGGGUUCCUGCAUCGGCGUGCUCGUGGCGAAAAGCGUCCCAUACCCGAUGCCCAAAAGGAUGCCAAAUAUUAUGAGAGACGCAAGCGCAACAAUGAGGCAGCCAAGAAAUCAAGGGAUGCUCGAAAAAUACGCGAGGAUCGCAUCGCAUUCCGUGCCGCACUCCUUGAGCAGGAGAACUCCAUACUCCGUGCCCAAGUGUUGGCCCUGCGGGAUGAAUUGCAAACAGUGCGACAGCUUCUCGGUGCUACAACGAGUGGCAUGCUCGGUGUGGCAAGGCAAGUGUGA